ACCUGUUACUAGUAACACAUUUUUGACACGAAAUUUGUACGUACAUAUUUUAUGUACAAAUUUAUCUACUACUUCCAAAUAUCAAUUAACAUUCCUUUUAUUCUUGAUUGAUUACCAUGCGGCCGUAUGCUGACUUUGCCUGAUAAGGUUAUAAAAGCCAGACCCAAUCGGCGCGAAUUUAAAGUAUGCCGUUAAAGCCAGAUUAUCCAGCCGGCGUAAUGGAAGAAGUUAUGGAGCUGAUGCUAAAAUAUGCCCGUCAAAACAUGACAUACAAGGAAAUAUCCUUGCUAUUAGCCAAGGAGACAAAUUUACAACUCGGUCCUGAUGCAAUUAGAAAAAGACUCCGACGUACAGGAACGCAAAGUCGAAAGGGAAACACUGCUCACACUGUUAUUGAAGUGAAGAACAUUAUUCAAGCUUUGUUACCUGAUUUGCCAAGCACUAUCGGUUACAGGCAAAUGACCUGCAUAUUACGACAAAAACAAGUAAACAUCCCAAGGGAUACAGUCAUGAAGAUAAUGAGAGAACUUGAUCCCAUUGGGGUGGAUAUUCGAAGAAGGCGUCGUAUAAAUCGAAGAAUAUACCGAACAAUGGGUCCGAAUCAUGUGUGGCACGUGGACGGAUACGAUAAGCUGAAACCAUACGGAUUUCCCAUACAUGGGUGCAUUGAUGGGUUUUCCAGGAAAAUACUCUGGCUAAAGGUUGGUCCAACAAACAACGAUCCGGAAGUGAUUGCAUUCAAUUUUGCACAAUGCGUUGACGAAUUAAAAGGUUGUCCUAUGGUUCUCCAGGCUGACCCCGGGACAGAAAGUGGCAUUAUGGGUUCUCUUCAGUGCUUGUUCAGACAUACGUCCAAUGCUUCGUUUUCCGGCAUACGCAGUUACCGUGUCGUAAGAUCCAUCUUCAAUCAGCGCAUCGAAGCCUGGUGGAGUGUAAUGAGGCGGCAACAGUGCGAAUGGUGGAUUUCUUUCUUCAAAGAUCUUGUUGAAUUUGGUGGACUACACAAAGGAACUAUUAACGAAAUGCACUGCAUACGAUAUUGCUUUAUGCCACUUCUGCAGAUGGACUUAGAUCACUUGAUGGAUAGAUGGAACAACCACUAUAUUUCGCACAGCAGGCAAGCAGCUUGUCCAGGUGGGAGACCUGCCGUUCUUUAUAGACUUCCUGAGGCAUCUGAUUUUUUAGGCUUUCAAGAGUGCCUUCAGGCUUUGCAAGAAGAAGACAUUGCCUUUGCAUAUGCGAAAACUCGGCUUGCCAGUAGAAGUGGAUGCCCCCAGUUUGACAUUCGAGCGCAUGCCAUUUUCCAGCAAAAAGGCUGGGACAACGCUAGAAGUUGGCAAGAAGCACUGCAGCAGUACUUCAUAAUCGUAGAGAUGAACCUGUGAUUAACAAAUUUUGCGACGAUAUAAUGUUGAAUUCAAAUCAUCAUAUGAGUUCCUUGUAACGAGAUAUGAAAUGAGGCUCAAGUGAUUAGUUCAUUUCAUUGAUAUGGAAACUGUUUUCCUUUUUAGUUUAAAUGUCAGAAAAUAUGACAAACUCUUACUUUCACACUAUUUUAUUGUGCAGUCGAAAGCCAAAAUCUUCAAAAUCAAACAUAUGAACGCUGUGGAGCGGUGCAUGAAUUUUUGAAUAUAAUAUUGAAUAUCCACAAGCAGUACGUCUAAAUAAAUGCACGAAAUGAU